GAAGUGGCUGAUGUGAAUCGACGUUGUAGGAAGUCAUCAGUCCUCAACAGGAUCGCCACCUUCAGAGUCCUGGCCAUCUUGAGACAGUGGAUCAGUAGGCAAUCGCAGGACUUCGUAUCCGAUCGGGAACUACGUUGGAACGUGAGGGACUUACUGGAGGAGAUCUUGCAGAACAACACCCUCCCGUCUAACGAACGAAAACUCGCGCAAUCCAUCAUGGCCGUCGUUGUUGGAGAGGAGCCCGAAUGGUCACGGGAUCACUCCAUGCACCUGGAAGCCAUCUUGCGUCUUCCGGAAAGUCCGUCAGAAGAAAAUUUUGAUUCUUUGAGAGCCGUGGACAUUGCGGAACAAAUGACGUACCUAGAUCACCAACUCUUCCUUGCUAUCAGGAGCGAAGAACUCCUAGGACAGGCUUGGAUGAAAGCUGACAAGGCAGCUAGGUCACCUCACGUCCUACUGGUCAGCAAGAGAUUCAAUGAGGCAUCCAGAUUGGUGGUGUGUGAGAUCGUCAGCAGGACAUCAGUACAAGAUCGCAUCUCGUGCAUUGAAAAGUGGGCUGCCAUUGCUGACAUAUGCAGGCUAGUUCAACAAUGCCGCUAUCAGUGUUUGAACAAUUUCAACGGGGUCCUUCAAAUUUGCGCCGCGUUUGUCACCAGUUCAGUGUACAGAUUGAGGAAAACGUGGGAGAAAUUACCGAAACAGACGAGGCAGACGAUUGAGCGGUUGCAGUUCCUGGUCUCUUCCGAUCAGAAGUUCAAAAACAUGAGGGAGGCCCUGCACACAAGCGUACCGCCCUGCAUACCCUUCCUCGGCAUGUACCUGACCGAUCUGACCUUCAUCGAAGAGAGCACGGCCAACUUUACUGACACUGGCCUCAUCAACUUCUCCAAGAUGAGGAUGAUUGCUCGCGUGAUAGAAGAGGUGCAAUAUUUCCAAGGAACACAUUACAAAAUCGAGCACCGACCAAGAGUGAGCUUAUACUUACUGGACCCAUCUCGGCUAAUGGAAGACGAUCAGACAUUCAACUGUUCACUUGAAAUCGAACCCAGGACCACGAGGUCAUCCGUUACGUCACAAGUCACGUGA